GGCACCAGGCAUGAGGAGCUUCGGCAGUCGCAGUCUCUGCGCAUCCACGGACAGACCGCCACGCAUUCCUUUCCCCUGCAAGUUUAGCGUGCCCACAAUGCUUCUCUCCAUCGCUGUCCUGCUGGUCAGCAGCGGCGGGGUCGCACUGGCCAAGAAGGUGGGGUUCGGCUCCGACUAUGGCUCGGACUUGACCUUUGAUGGCGUGCCCUACAACCAGCUGCACUUUGAACUGGACUUCCCCUACGAGCCGUACGACCCCAUCUACGAGAGGCUGGACCGACCCGGAAACCUGACGAGCAGGGCGAAGCGGCGGGCGGCGGAGACCCGGGCUCUGUUUCGGGAGUGGCCCACCGGCUCUACCGUGUCGUUCAUCUUCGGGUUCAGCAUUCCCUUCCGGCCGCGGGGCCAGUUCGACAUGCGUUUCCCAUUCGUGUUCUUCGUCAACGAGCUGCUCAGGAAGCUCAACGGCGCGUACGGCCGCCACUUCGUCCACGACCAGUACUCGAUGUACCGCUCGAUGGAGACGGGCCUGGUGGAGGGUCUGGCGAUGGAGGGGCGCGGCUGCGUGCUGCGCGCCAUCUGCGACGCCGCCCAUCUCGACCUGGCCAAGUUCAGCCUGCUGGGAGAGAUGCUCAGCGUCCUGCUGACGCCGAAGAGAAGUCACCUUCCUGAGAUGGAAGAUUACAGUCAGGCAUUCAAAGAGGGCAAGAAGUAUGGCAACUGCAAGAAGCGCUACUCAGAUUGCCCCCUUUCGCUGCAGUCUCUGUUUCCCACAGCAUGGUUAUCCAAAAAGAAGUGAGAAUGGACUGUACUCUUAUGUGGCAGUAGAAACCACUUGUUCAUGCUUUGGCAUUUCGUUGGUAAUGCCUGUACGUAUGCUGUGGCAUACACCAUGGAGUUCACGUAAAGAUGUGGUUGUAUUUCAUGCCCGCUGUUUCAGACCGUCACCUGUAUCUCACUACACGUACGGUUGCCCACUUUCAACACUUUUCAACAAGCAGCUGAGCCGCACACGCGCGCAUGCGAGUGGUCUCCUUGGCAACCAGUUCUGUGGCGUGAGCUCCGUGGUGGGAGGUGUCUAUGAAUGGACUGACACCCGAUGUUUACGCGUGACUUAAUACACGGAGUCUCUCAAGGCA